AAACAUAAAAUGAGGAAAUUGUUUUUUUAGAAAAUGAGAAAAACCCAAAUAGUUCUUAUUUUUUGCAGGAAAUGAACUAACAGAGAUGAUUUGAUCAAGCAAUGAAUGAAUUCACACUUAACUCUCUUCUUCUCAAAUCUUCAAAAACACACCCGCCCACAUCUAUUCCUGCUAGAAUGCUGCUCCAGCAUGAAACGCCUCAUGGAAUUCCACGCCCAUUUCAUCACAAGUGGUCUCUCUACUCACCCCACCAUCCUCAGCUCCGUCAUAUCCUUCGCCACACUCUCUCCCGCCGGGGAUUUGGGUUACGCCCGCUCCGUUCUCGCCCGCAUCACCCAACCCAAUUCUUUCAUGUUCAACACCGUGAUAAGAGGCUAUGCUUCGAGCUCCGACCCGGGUUCCGCUUUUGUUCUUUACAGUUUCAUGAUCGGGCAUGGCAUUGUUCCCAACAGUUACACUUACCCUUCUGUGAUCAAGGCCUUAUCGAAGGGUGGUAGGGAUUGGUUGUGCGGUGGUGAAGCCACCCAUUGUUCUGUGAUCAAGUAUGGCCAUGUCUCGGAUCUUCAUAUAGCUAAUUCGCUCUUGAAUAUGUAUGCAAGUUUUGGGUUGUCGGAAGAUGCGCACAAGGUGUUUGAUGAAAUUCCCGAACCGGAUGUGGUUUCUUGGAACGUGAUUGUUGAUGGUCUUUGUCAAAACGGCCGCUUUGAUGAGGCCUUGCAUGUUUUCUCCCAGAUGUGUAAAAAUGAGAUUCGGCCUAACUCGGUCACAUUUCUCUCCCUUGUGUCUUCUUGCACAAAGAGCAGUGAUUUGGGUACUGGUAAAAUGGUGCAUUCGCAAAUAAUGGUGAUGAUAGGAUAUAGUAUCAGCAAAAAUCUUGAAAACUCAUUGCUUGAUAUGUACUGCAAGUUUGGUGAUCUGGAUUCAGCUGAGAAAAUGUUCCAUAUAAUGGAAGUAAAGACCGUUUUUGCAUGGACUUCACUGCUUGAUGGUUACAUACUUAAGGGUGAACUCGAAAGAGCUGUGGAAGUUUUUUAUCGCAUGCCUUUAAAGGACACAACUGCUUGGAAUGUCAUGCUUUAUGGUUUCCUAGAGGCUGGUGAUGUUAAUUCAGCUGAAAAGAUUUUCAGAGAAAUGCCAGAAAGGGAUUUGGUGUCAUGGAACAGUAUGAUUCUUGGAUAUGCCCAUAACAACAAACAUAUUGAGUGUUCGCUGUUUCUUAAAGAAAUGCUCCGUUCGGGGGUAAAACUUGAUAGGAUCACUUUGCUUGGCGUGUUUUCUAUUUGUGGGUAUGCAGGGGAAGCACAGUUUCUCGGUGAAGCCGUACACUCUCAUAUGGAAAAACUUAACAUAAAGGGAGAAGAAGUAGAGACUGCUUUGAUGGACAUGUAUUGCAAAUCUGGUUCUUUUGAGAAUGCUAUAAAAGUGUUUGAAACUAUAGCAAGAAAAUCUGUGUUGGCUUGGAGCGUCCUGAUCGCGGGACUAGCUAUAAAUGGUCUUGCAAAUGAAGCUCUAAAUUACUUCCAUCUGAUGUGUGAGGCCGGAGUAAAACCAAACGAAAUUACGUUUUUAGGCGCUUUGUGUGCCUGUAGUCAUGCAGGUCUUGUGGAAGAAGGCAAGGAGUUGUUCAGAGAUAUGGUACAGAUCCACGGCAUGACACCAAGGUCUGAGCAUUGUGGCUGCAUGGUGGAUCUUCUUGGGAGAGCUGGUUUGCUGAAGGAGGCAGAGAAGUUCAUUCAUGAAUCUGCGCCCGCCGUAGCUGAUGAAGCUGGAGCUUUGGGAGCACUUGUUGGGGCUUGUAGAAUGCAUGGUGAGAUUGGGAUGGCAGAAAAAUUUGCCAAAAGACUUGUGGAAAUUGACCCAUAUCAUUCGGCCAGGUAUGUUCUCCUCUCCAAUAUCUAUGCUGCAGAAAACCGGUGGGGUGACGUUGAGAAGGUGAGGAAGAGAAUGAAGGCUUCAGGUGUGCAGAAAACACCGGGAUUUAGCUUGAUCCAAUUGAAAUCUGGUGGCUGAUUUUAUACACUGAAAACAACUUCUACAAUCACAAGAUCCGAGUGUUGGUACAUCCCCAGAUACCCAAACAAGGACGUUUCGACUAUAGCAAGUGGCACGCUGUGUGGAAUAUGAAACAUGUUGGGAUCCCAACCUAUCUAUGAGUCUAAGACACUUGAGCUAUCAAGAAGGAGGAGGAGGAGGUUUUUAUAGGUCAUGAAUAUCAUAUCAGGCCAGAAAACCUCAGAGAGGAAGCUAAGGUGUGUUUGGAUGGAUGGUUUUGGAGGGGUAUUGAGGAGAAUUUUGAAGUGUAUACUCAAGAAGAAGAAGAAAAGAUGUGAUGGGUCAUGAAUGUAGCUUCCACAGAUCAAGUUAAUGAACUUGAAGAGGACGCUAAUGGCGCGUUUGGAUUGAUAGUUAAAAUUUAGAGCGCAUAGCUUGUAUUUCGAUAUACGAGGUAAGUGAUCUCGUUCGAUAUUAACUAGCUUUAACGUUUUGAAAAUAAUGUCGAAUUAUAAAUGUAAUGGUGAGGUUAUAUUUAUAAUAAAGAAUGUGUGGCACAAUUUAUAUUUGCAUGCAUUGGUUAUGGAAGAAAUGCUCUUUUGCGAA